AUGAAUGGCUGGGGGUUUGAUGUUUAUAGUACAAAAGCUCCACAUCUGAUUCUGAGGAAGUUAACUCCAAGGAAGAUCUUCUUCAUCUUUGGAUGA